GGGGUCAGAACCUGCCCGCGCUUUUAUCAGUCGAACAAGGCAAAAAUCAGCGGGCAUGAAUUUGUUUUUCAUGAUGUGAAGAUAUACAAUUUAUUUAAUUCUCUAAUAUUCAAUUAUUUUUACUCGCAGCAUUUCUACUGGCAUUGCCGUAUACACGACUGGGCACCUGGAUGCUUAUCGCAAAAGUUUAAAGAAUUUAAACUUCUUGAAGGCAAUGCCAGCGUAUACACGACUGGGCACCUGGAUGCUUAUCGCAAAAAACCUACCCGCGCUUUUAUCAGUCGAACAAAGCAAAAAUCAGCUGACAUGAAUUUGAUAUUCAUGAUGUGCAGGGCCAGCGUAUACACGACUGGGCAAAUGGAUGCUUAUCGCAAAAGUUUAAAGAAUUUAAACUUCUUGAAGGCA